AGCAAGUGCCCGGAUAGAAUAUGGCGUCGACUGAACUGACCCAGAACUGCUAACAGUCACAAAUUUCAAUCCAAAACAGGUCCAUUUUAGCGCUAAAUUGCGUUAAAUCAAUCCCAAACGAAUGCAUUAAUGGUAAUGCAUGCAAGGAAACACCCCAGAAUCGAUGAUGGGUAUCCUGACAAGCGAGAGGCCCAGUCAUACCAGUCCUCCCAAUACCCAUCAAAGACCGGUUACAGUAACCAUAACGACAGAUAUGAGAGACGUCGGUCACCAGGGAGAGACAGUCCCGCAUCUCGUGAUAGUCCCAGAUAUAUCAACAAAUCUUCAUAUAUUGAGAGAAAUAAAGAGAAAUAUGAAAGGGGGAACGAAAAUUCCCCUGGGGGAAAGAAAGCCAACCAUAACUAUGCAGGAGGGAGUAGUAAUACAAAUGGUGGAAGCCAUGACAGACCAACAACAAGGAACACCUCAAAUGCCAAGGACAAAACAGAGGUGCAAAAAACUGCAAUACGUUCAUGUGGAGAGUGGUCAGAGCACCUCAGUUCCACGGGGAAGAAGUACUACUAUAACAUCAAGACGGAGGUGUCCCAAUGGGAGAGACCUAGAGAGUGGAGUGACUCAUCGGCAGUUCGACCAGACAGACAUUCAACAGACUCACGAACCAAUAGUGAAAAACACAUUUCUAAAGAUGUUAAAAAUAGACAUUCUAGUGGUGGAAUUGAAAAACGUGAAAAACAUUUGGGUGACUUACGGCACAUGGUUGCGGAUGGCAACCCAAAGCCAGACAAAAUGUACUUGUUUGAAAAACUGCAACAAAGUCAGUCGAAAUUGCAAGCGGAAAUGCGUGCAAACAAACAGCUACACUCAUCGGAUACGAAAGAUAUACAUAGACGUAGUGAUGACAAUUCAACUAACGAUUAUCCAAAUUCUUCAAACUCUAGUCGGAGUCGAAGGGAUAGUGAGAGCUCACGGACGUUGGCGAGACAGACUUCAAGAAACGACCAAGACGACAUAGACUCUCCCAGUAGUACACCAACCAGUCACCGGUCAGGAAGCACGCCUCAUGGAUGUAUGAAUCCAGUCUCUAACAUUUCUGCGGCUAAUUUAAACAUUUCAAAUAUUCCUAACCUCAUUACUCAGUUAAGUGGUGGACAGAACAAUCAGGAACUGACCAAUCGAGCUCUGCAGACUUUACAGAAACUGCAGCAAGCAUUGUCGCGGCAGAUAGCCGCACACCAAACCAGUGUGUCAAACCAGUCAAGUCAGUCUACGACUGUUCAAGCAUCACCGCGGCAUCAUGUAAAUCAGUUACCGGAGGAAGCACUUGCGUCCUACCAGCAACAACUUCAACAUCACCAGCAGCUUCAACAUCAUGCCCAGCAGUCUCUUCAUGCUGUCCUACAAGCACCUGCCACCCCGUCUCACCCUCCUCAUAGGAGUCCAUAUAUGAACUCUAAUAAUAGUAUAUCCCAUCCCAAUUCAAGUCCUCAGCCUGUAGUUUCCUUAGCGACGUCGGCAUCACCGGUGGCAACGACUGCAGGCUCGACGUCAAUACCAAUAACUCAUACUGGGAAUCAAGUACACAGGGGUAAUACUGUAUAUGGGAAGUUUUUAGGUUCUCAAAAUAAUUCGACCCCGUCUUUCCAGAACAUGGAGGAGAUGCUGGGGGAGAAUUCAAAAGGAGUUGAAGGAGGUGGGAGUGAUCGUUCAUGUUGUAGCCCUGCCCCGAGUGAUACCAGUUCCCAGGGUGCCCCAGUGGACCCGGAUAUGUUCUCGUCUAGCUUGGGCCAGAAAGAUACCAACCUGAUGUCAUCUUUAAGACAGUAUUACAAUGAGAACUCGGUGUCACAUGUGACUGGCUGGCAAGGAGAAUUGUUUGAAAAACAAUCUCGCUUUUAUCGGGAUGAGGCUCUUAAAAUUGGUAGUUUAAUUAGCAGUCAGGUAUCUGUAGAAUUAAAGCGGGCCAGGUCAUUGGUGCGGGUAGAAGAGAUACAAGCUACGUUACACGAGCAAAGGAACUUGUUCCUGGCACAGCAGAUUACGGAGUUAGAGAACAUGAAACCAGUGUCAUCUGUGUCAUCGUUUCUACCUGCGUCGUCAACGAGUACGUCCUAGUAGAUAUAAAACAUUUAUGUAAAGAGUGUGUUAAAAUCUUAUGUGAUACUAACGCUGGUUAUUAUUUAAACCAGUCCAAGUGUGACAGCCGCCUAGAAACAGAAUGUUUUUACUUUCCCCGAAGGCCGUUUUAAGAGAUGGGUCAACGUUCCGGCUGCCUAGAAACAGAACGUUUUUACUUUCCCCCCGAAGGCCGUUUUAAGAGAUGGGUCAACGUUCCGGCUUCAUCUGUAACCUGGAAAGUCACUGCAGGAUAACGGGAUUGUUUCAAGGGAGAAUUUGUGUGGUGCAUAAAGGAAAAUGACAGUAAAAGGGACAAGUAUAAAUUAUGGUUUAAGUAAAGAUAAAAAGUAUGUUAAUGUUAGGUUGUAUAAUGUUUCAGUUCUUAACUCAUUGAAGGACGGAACUUGCAUUGUUGUAAUGAUGGAGGCAUGAAAUUCUGUUCAUGAAUUUCUUAAUUUCAGAGUAGAGAAUGGUUCAGAUUAGAAAUCCUGUUUGGUGGAGAGAUUGACUAAAAAUAAGUCUUCAUUAGCCUUUUAAGUCCUUGUGUUUGUCCUUGACCAAACUACUACUAUCAUAGGAUAUGACAUAUAUGUUAAUAUAUGAGGCAUGAACAAAAAAAAUCAUUAAUUUAUGAUAGUAUAGUCAGAGACUUCCCAUCUUUGAAAAUUGUUAAAAAAGAACUUAAAAUUAUAUAUUGAUUUGAGAUAAUAAUUAGGGAAGUAAAUCUUUCCUACCAGUUCCUUUAAUUGUUAAACUGUUUCUCCAUUUGUUUACAAAUUUCUUCAUUUGUUUACCAAUAUCUCCAUUUAUUUACCAAUUUCUCUGAUUGUGUACUAGUUUGACUUAACGAAAGUUUCAAAUAAUGAAGUAUAGAAAGUUCUACGUGAAAAGUUUGCUGAUUUAUAUACAUUGCAUUACACCAUUCAGAAAAAUAUAGGCAACACGGAAAAUUGUGAAUACCAGGAAAAAUGUGUAUUAACUAUUGUUAAAAUCUGCUUUUCUAUGAAUCUCAUACUGGCCACAGCUUUCACUGUUGUCUGUUACUUUAUAGUGCUAUGAUGAUAUUGAAGAAAAAAACAACAUUUAAUACUAAUAGGGCAUUUUCUGUUGUACCCCAUUCCCUGUUUGAAUUUUGUUGUUGACCUCUUUUUUUAAGUGAACUUUAACAAAAAGUUAAAAUUCAUAGCUUUUAUGCCUGUUAGAAUUUGUAUUUUCUUGAAUAAUAAGGAGGUUAUAAUAAUGAAUAUUCACAUUUCCCAUCAGGCUUAUUCAAUGUUUAAACAUUUCAGUAUUCAAGUUUUGUUUAACAAUUCUUUUAACUGCAGAGGUCAGGGGCCACAACUCUUUUUAUUUAUUGUCAAUUUUUUUUUAUUACCAAGUCUUUAUAGAAGUUAUAUGACAAUGAAGGAACAUGUUGAUAAGCCAAGCCCAAAAUGUUUUAUCCAUCAUCUAUGAUCUGUUUCUAGUGUAUAAUAAAUAUGAUGUGCUUUAUAAUUUUUGUUGUGAUAAAGUUUAUUAACUUUAAGCUUGAUGCAUUUAGUAAGCACAUGUGACUAUUUCUUAAACUCUGUGCAGAAAAUUUACAUUGUUAGAAUGGUAGAUUAGAUGGGUAAAAAAAGUCAGGGCUGUUCGUUAAUUCUGAAAAAAAACUGUCUUUUUUCUAUAAUAAAACUACAAAAAUGAAAAAAAUUAUCACUAGAAAUGGAAUUUUGAAGAUUUUUUUUUAACAUUUUAACUUUCACCCUUGUUAUUGUAAGUAAGUGCUUAAUCAUAUUAGUACACAAACUGUAACAUAAUAUAUGCUUAGAUUUACUUUGUAAUAUAAUGGUAAACUUUAAAUGAGGAAUUUUAGCUCUUAAAGUUCUCAAAAAUUUCUCAAAAAUCUCAAGUGGAUUGUAAAUUUUUUUUUCAUCGACUAGUGAAAAGCUAUAUUUUUUAAACAAUCUAAUACAUUUUUAUAUAUCUUUAGGCAUUAAGAUGUUACAUAACUAAUACUUCGUUUUCUUGUUUAAAACGUUCUUAAGUAGAUCAGAUCUUCGAGAUAAUAUAUAAAUAAAAUGAUAAUAUAUAUUCAACUAUCUGACUAGCUUAAUUAAGGUUUUUGUUCUUCUUGGGUGUUGAAUUUUGCUUGGAAAAGAAAUUCAUCUCAACAAUUAAGCUAUAAUGUUGUCAUAUGUCCUUGACCAUGUUUAAUUAGACAAUAAAACCUCUGAUAAAAAAAAAUAUGAACUGUAAAGUAUCAUAACGUGGCUCAGCUGUGGAAUAUAUUGAAACCAUGUAGACACAGGGUAAUCAGUGUAAGGUUAUAAAUUUUUAUAACCGUUUCAUUAUAAUAAUUCCUCUGCUAUAUAAAACAUUAAAAAAUGUUUCCAUCUCGAAAACCAUGUGCUUAUUAUAUGUCAUUUGGUGAUGCGUUUCCACGGUGACAUUCUGUUGAUGUACUAUUUUUUUUCGUCUUUUUUUUUCUCGUUUUUAAAUUUUUCAUGUAUCACUGUACAUAGGUCAUAGUUGAUAAUAUUAAAAAAAGAAAAAGAUUUGUAAAUAAUAUUUUAUUUCUGUAAAUAUUUUGUUAUUGAAGUAUAUCAGAUGUACAUAACACUUCAGUUUAGUAUGAAUGCAAUAAAAAAAAUUAGCGUGUAGUAGAUGUCGUGUGAAUGAAACUCAUGUAAACUAUCACUACCAAUAUGUAUUUUUAUGUUCUUAAA